GGCUGCGCUCCUGGGCGCUCGCCGCCGCGGCGCCUUGAGUCAGCAAACUCCGUGGUGUUCCCGGCCCCGCGCCGCCGCCCAGGACCGCGCGUGAGUUGAUUGUGUCCUGAGCUGAAGAUGUUCCCUGAACAACAGAAAGAGGAGUUCGUAAGUGUCUGGGUCCGAGACCCCAGGAUCCAGAAGGAGGACUUUUGGCACUCCUAUAUCGACUAUGAGAUCUGUAUUCAUACUAAUAGCAUGUGUUUUACGAUGAAAACAUCUUGCGUACGAAGAAGGUACAGAGAAUUCGUGUGGCUGAGGCAAAGACUCCAAAGCAAUGCAUUGCUGGUACAAUUACCAGAACUUCCAUCUAAAAACCUAUUUUUCAACAUGAACAAUCGCCAGCAUGUUGACCAGCGGCGUCAGGGUUUGGAAGAUUUCCUCAGAAAAGUCCUGCAGAAUGCACUUUUGCUUUCAGACAGCAGCCUCCACCUCUUCCUGCAGAGCCAUCUCAACUCCGAGGACAUCGAAGCAUGUGUUUCUGGGCAGACCAAGUACUCAGUGGAAGAAGCAAUUCACAAGUUUGCCUUGAUGAAUAGACGGUUCCCCGAAGAAGACGAAGGGAAAAAAGACAACGACGUAGAUUAUGAUUCAGAGAGUUCAUCCUCUGGGCUUGGACACAGUAGUGAUGACAGCAGUUCACAUGGAUGUAAAGCUAGCCCAGCUCUGCAGGAGUCCUGAGAAGGAGUCCUAGGGCCACCACCUUCGGCACAGAAUCUUGCCUAGCCGGAGAGAAAGCCUGCUCACAAUAGAUCCUUAUCUAAUGUCACUGUCGCUAUCUUAGGCAGUUAAAUACUUACAGUGGUGGGUUCUUAGUGGUAGUAUUUUUAUGUUGUCUAAUUUUAACCAGGCUUCUGAAUAAAGCCGUAAGGUCUGUGAAUGCCAUACAACCCUUUAUUGCCAUAUAAUACUUGUAAAUACAAUCCUGCUCUCAAGUGACGGAGAGUUACAUGCUGUCUAUGUGAAAAUGAAAUCCAGUUGGUCUUAACUGAAUUUUAAAGAGCUAGGUGUAUCAGUAGCAUUUCAAGCCCAGACAGAGCACUCCCGCAGUGUCAGUGGGGGAAGUUACAGUAGACAGUAUGUGACUGGAGCAAGGGCACAGAGUCACACAUCACACUGCCUCUUUGACACGUGGCUCCUGUUUUGUGGAGACUUCCCCUAGUCUGGGAAACGCUCUGCUUUUGGGUGUUUGAUUGACAUAUUUAAGAGUAUUUAAGCUUUCCAGUAUACUAUUUCACAUGUAAAUGGGAAAUAUGUCUUACAAAUAAAGACAUUAAAAUAAUGUUUACAUCUUAGGGGGAAAAUAGAAGAUUUUGCCAUCUGUAGAUUUAGAAAUACAUUCUCAUUGUCCAAAAAAAUCAGCUUAAACAUGGCUUCUGGCAACAAGUCGUUUUACCAUUGUGUAGUUAGUAUCAUAACUUGUGGUUUAUUUUCUGACAUUUAAAAAAAAAAGUGCAUAAAAAUAAUCUGGUAACUUUGGUCACUGGUGGCUCCUAACAACUUAUUUCAAAGCUAGAAGAAGGUAUUUAUAAGAGUUAAUUUUACCCAUAAAUACUUCAAUAAUUUUGGAGUGGAAGUCAGGUUGCUAAUGUCAGAGCUCAUAUUCGUGUUUUAGAAGCCCUUUCUUUUAAGGAAUCUACCUGAAGAUUGGCUUAUUGAAUAAAAUAGUGUUUUUUUUUUUUUUUUUCUCUCUCCCUCUGUCUGUGGCCUGAAGAUAACAUGUCUUGGGUUCACUGUGAGCUUCCAGUUUUAGAUGGGCAGCAUUUUCCUGGGAUAUUAACUGAGUCCUUCCCGCUAAUGAUGUUUGGUAGCUAAAAGAAGGCAUUUUCACCUAAGUGGGCUAACUUGUUGCUUUCAGUGAAUGGGUGCAAACACUGUUGCAAAAAGCAGCCAUUUACUUGGGUGUUUGGUAGUUAUUGUGAUUAAUAAAAAGUUAUUGAAUUGUCCUUUGUGGUGUUUGCUUCAGAGAACUGAUUAAAAAAAAAAAGAAAAAGAAAAAGAAACAGAAACAUUAAAUUUAGAAUAAGGGUGAUUAUUUUAAUUUCUCCUUUAAAAACUUCUGCCUCAAACAUUAUGAAACAUCUGUAAAUGUUUUGAUUUAGUGUCUUAGGUCUUGUACCCUAACAUGGAUUUACUGUAGGAAGAAAGGGAUUUAGCAGCUGCUUCUCUUGCUGCAUGGAAAAGUUUUAGAGCGGUGCCCACUCCUCAGUUGUAGAUACGAAUUCACAACAUGUAUGUUUUCCAGCAUUUUUGAAAAGCGUACAUUGUGCCACCAGUUAUCAAACUACUUCUUGAUGAGCUAAUAAUGUAACCACUGAAGUUAAUAUAUUGAUGCUUAAUAUUUGCUCUGCAAACUUCACGAGGUUAUGGUUUUCAC